CAUAACCUUUGGCAUCUCAAUCCUUAAAGAUCAUGGCGUGCAAUUACCAUUUUGCCCUCCUCCUCAGCCUCCUCUGCGGUACCGCCACUUCCACGGCCACGGCGGCGCUCGUGCAGCAGCAGCCGCUCGUGCUUAAAUACCACAACGGCGCUGUGCUCAAAGGCACUGUAACCGUUAAUCUCAUCUGGUACGGAAGGUUCACGCCCAUCCAACGGUCGAUAAUCGUCGAUUUCCUCCAGUCACUUAGCUCCGGCAAAGCUCCGCUGCCCUCCGUCGCGUCGUGGUGGAAGACGACGGCGAAGUACAAAGGCGGCGUCGGCGCCACCAGUGCCAUCGUCGGGAAGCAAAUCCUCGACGAGAACUACUCCCUCGGGAAAUCGCUCAAGAAUUUUCAAAUCGUUGCCCUGGCCGCGAAGGGAGACCGCACUAACGGCGCCGUGAACGUCGUUUUAACGGCGAAGGACGUCGCCGUCGAAGGCUUCUGCAUGAACCGCUGCGGCAGCCACGGGUCGACCCGCGGGCCGACCCGAUUCGCGUACGCGUGGGUGGGUAAUUCCGAGACCCAGUGCCCUGGCUACUGCGCGUGGCCGUUCCACCAGCCGCUGUACGGCCCGCAGGGACCGCCGCUCGUCGCGCCGAACGGCGACGUCGGCGUCGACGGAAUCGUGAUCAACCUCGCGACGGUGCUGGCGGGGACGGUGACGAACCCGUUCAACAACGGGUACUUCCAGGGUUCGGCGACGGCGCCGCUGGAGGCGGUCAGCGCGUGCACCGGCGUGUUCGGGUCGGGCGCGUACCCAGGGUACGCCGGAAACCUGCCGAUAGACAAGACGACGGGGGCGAGCUAUAAUGCGCAUGGGGUGAACGGCCGGAAGUAUCUGGUGCCGGCGAUGUGGGACCCGCAGACGUCCCGGUGUUCUACACCGGUUUGAAUGAAUCCCCAAUGGUGUACGUUUGUAGAUAUACGGACGCUGGUGGUUGGGUUUGUCGUUUUGUGCGAUUGUACAUGUCGUUUUAUAUCAUAUGGAAAAUGUGGGGAAAAGCAAGAUUGAGUGUGAGGUAGGAAGGGAACUGGAAAUACAGUAAAAUACUGUUUAACUCUUGUCGUAAUGUAAUGGGAUCAAUAAUUGUGUAUGGUUUUAUAUUUUAA